AUGCCUACUCUCCAGCACAUCCCUGAUGAAAUUGAAGACGCCGACGACGAGAAAGACCCGUCUCAAACCUGGGAUCUGGAAACCCCUUACCCUCCUCCUAACGUUCGACACAACUCAUACACUGGCAUGCCCUCCACAUCCUCACCAAGCAGCAGAUUUAAGCUUCGUUCCCCCAAUUCGUAUACCACGUCCAAUUCAUAUGGCACACCCUCUAGCAUCAUGUCCUCCUCGGGCUCUUCUAUACGCGCACCCAAGUCAGCACAGACCUCCGGGAGCGCUUACGCGCAGUUUACGAAAAAGUAUCGAGACAAAGUCGCGGAUGACGAUUUAUACGAUCCAAAUCAACUUUUUCAGCGAGGACUAGGCCAGCUUAUCGAUCAAGGGGACAGUGAUGAUGAUGACCUGGCCAUAAAUGCCGGCUCUGCCUAUUCUACUGUCGACGUCGAACCACUGGCAGAUAGCGAUGGGCAGGAACCCACUCCGGCGGACAGGGAGCGUCUUGAAUGGCAAACAAUGCUCAUGUCAGUAUUAGAUAGUGAAGUUCUUCGGUCAGAAACUACGCGAAUAGGUCGAGCUCUCGAACCGAAUGUAGGAGAGCGCAGUAUACGAAACAUUAAUAUCUGGCUUGGUGUCAGGGCCAAGUUGCGAGGCCACACCGAAUCUCAGGAGAGCGAACGGCUGAACGAUAAGCGACUACGGCUCGUGGAUCCUGUGCUCGAAGAGGUCCUUGCGUUCAAGUUGGGUAGCGAAGAUGGCACUCCCGUUUCUUCGACCGAAGCUAUCAAAAUCAUCAGUCCGCUAUUGAAGCGACUCGAAAAAGCCCAAUCUCUUUAUCCUUCUCUGGCCGCCAUGCAAACUGCGAAACCAGUCUGUGCCGAGCCCGAAUUCAAAGCUCGGGCCGAAACGCUCAUUCAAUGGUCCAAUAUGUUCAAUAUGCUCUUUAAUGCGAUUACGAUGCUCAAGCGAUGGACAGGGAGCGAAACUCUGGACGUCACAGUGCCAACCACCGCCGGCAGUGUUCCUAUCCGACCCCAGCACGAUGGUCGUUCAUCUGCCGUUGAGAAACCCGAGGCCACCUCGUUUGUGGAAAGGAUACUCAAAGAGGAUACGCUCCAAAUGUCUUUCGAAAAGGGCUCACUACAGACGCUGAGUUCUUGUAUCCAACGAGCAAAGGAGAUGCAUAUCACCAAUGGCAAGCACAUCCACGAUCUUGGUCUACCGAGGCUGCAAAACGAGUUGGAGAUGAUUAUUUCGUUCCCGACACGACUCGUCAAGGAAACUAUCAAAGUACGGUUGGAGUCGUCUCAAAAUGUCUCUGAUCCGAAUCUACUUCAACUUGAGCAAAUGAUGGAGAACUUUAUGGUAUCCAUUGGCCUGGCUUGCAUGCUAAAACGAGAGUAUGAGGAUCUUGCCGCUCCAGACCCCGAUAAUUGGUGGGAUAUCUCAUCUGGGAUUGACGAAGAGUACGACAAGGUUAUCCUUGAUGCCAUGCGUACUUUCUUCCGCCUGAUGAACAAGAAGCUGAAGAGCGGACUCAAAGGAAUCAAUUACAAAGAAACCGAAUUCCUGGAAGGUCACUGGAAGAUGUUUGAUGAAGUCGCUUCUUCUAUCGAGAGUGGGUCUCUGGUAGUCGCUGAAAGAUUAUGUUCUUCGACAAACCGGAUCAUGAAUCGCGUCGUGGUUCAUUUGGAGGAGCAGCUGAAAUUCCCCAUGCAAUCCCAGGAUCGCGCCAAGAAUAAGUUUAGGGACGGGAUUUUGUCUGCUAAAGAACGGGAACAACCCAUGACUAAACGCCAGAUUGAAAACUGGUACGCAAAAGUUUUGGACGGUGUAAGACUGAGAUACCGUAAAUUGCAACGGUUUGCGCGCGGCUUGUCCCAACGGUUAUCGAAUUCAGCCGAGUAUAGCUUGGAAGGCACCAAUCUCGAGUUCCUUAUUAACACGCUAGUUGACGCCAAUUACUUUUUGGUAUACUACGAGGCCCUUCAGGCUGAAGGGUGCUAUAUCAUUGCCCAUCCAUCUCUCCAAGAACAACCGGAACAACUCAAACACAUACUGUCUCGCGCAUACCAUGUCCACAUAAUGAAUCCCGACGAUCAAACUGUUGCGGCAGCUGCAAGAGCACGGAAAGGUGAUAUUUCUGAUACUGGCGAAGAAGAAAUCGACUCGGGUUUGGCCCCAUACGUUCUGGUGAUAUCUCCCUCAGAACCCUUUGUCUGGCACGGUGUCGUAGUUGUGUUAAACGGCUUAUCACCUCUCGAACUUGAGCUGCCUCCCAAGCGUAUCCGCCUAAUUUCAGAUGGACUUCCGGGUAAUCUCGCCCGCUCUAAAGCAAACUUUUCCAGCCUAUUCCAGGUCUCUGGAGACGAUUUGUCCGACGACGAAGAGGUACUUGACUAUACACCCCAAUGCGUUGUCGAGCAAAUGGCACAUCUUCCCAUAGUUCAGCGGGAGAUUAGAAGAAUUACCAAGGGCGCCAACAAACUCGCCGAGUCCAUUGUUUCGUCGGUCAAAAUAGUCACGGAUGCGGUAGGGAACAGCGAAGGCUGUCAAGAGCUACUUGAAAACUGGUUCAAGCUCGCGUCGGAACAAGGCCAGCACUCUCUCAAGUAUAUGGUCAGAGAGGAGGCACUCGUCUUCAACCGGAAUUUGGCGGAGCUAGCAAUCGAUUGGGUUUCGUUCAUUUGUGACUUUUGCGACCCCACGGACCGCAAGACAUUCCGCUGGGCCGUCUAUGCUCUCGAAUUUGCCAUGAGUCGUACCCGUGGCCGAAACAUCCUUCGCAUUCCUCCGGAAUCGUUUAGGCUUCUUCAACGCAAGGUCUCGGGUCUUAUGACACUACUUGUCAGCCACUUUGAUCUGCUGGGAGCACGGGCCAGUAUUGAACGAGAAAGGGAGGAGCAAAUGCGCAAGAAAGAGCGAAUGCAACAAGCUUCACAGUUUGACUACGACACCGAAUCGUCGAACCAGUCAGAUACCCAGCCAAAUGCAGCACUCCAACAGCAUGAAGAGACCAACAGCAGACGAGUACGCGCGCACGCGUUCCGAGAAGAGGUUCGAGCAGAGUUGGAUGCAAUCGAGCAAAGGAGACAAGAGAUAGAAACAGAACAGCACAUGGUCGGACGGGUAUUGAACAUUGAGCGCCCCGAAGACCAGUCUUUAGCAAACCUCGCAGCGUCCUCAUCCAACGUGUCGAUGCGGUGGCAACAGGGUCGUUUUGUCGGCAGUGGAGCGUUUGGUUCGGUCUACUGUGCCGUUAAUCUCGAUUCGGGUACUCUGAUGGCUGUGAAAGAGGUUCGAUUCAAGGAUCCAUCUAGCAUCUCCCAGCUUUACAAACAGGUCCGUGACGAGCUAAGCGUUAUGGAGAUGCUUCAUCACCCCAAUGUCGUCGAGUACUAUGGUAUUGAGGUUCACCGCGACAAGGUCUACAUCUUCGAAGAGUUUUGCUCAGGUGGUAGUCUGGCGGACUCGCUCAGCAAUGGGCGAAUUGAAGAUGAGACGGUUAUUCAAGUCUAUACGCUACAGUUGCUCGAGGGACUGGAAUACUUGCACGGUAAAGGCAUUGUACAUCGCGACAUUAAACCAGAUAACCUUCUACUUGAUCAUACGGGCAUGAUCAAGUUUGCAGAUUUUGGGGCCGCCAAAGUACUUGCCAAAAACCAGAGAUCCAUUAAACUUAAUUCGCGCUCGCGCAACCCGAGCCGAAGGUCUACGACCCAACAGGGCAAGCAGAACAGUUUGACCGGAACACCGAUGUACAUGGCGCCUGAGAUAAUCAACAAUGAGUCCGUAGGCCGGCACGGUGCUAUGGACAUCUGGUCGAUCGGAUGUGUUAUUCUUGAAUGUUGCACCGGCCGCAAGCCCUGGAGUAACCUAGAUAAUGAAUGGGCUAUCAUGUUCCACAUUGGCCAGGCCAAGACCGCACCACCCCUGCCAACUCCAGACCAACUUUCUCAUAUGGGAAUCAACUUCCUCGAGCAAUGCCUCAUCGUCAAUGCAAGGCUCAGGCCUACUGCGACCGAACUCCUGAGCCAUCCUUGGCUUGUAUCUUUCCGAGAGUACAUGUCCGAGUAUGAAGCAGCUGCACUUCCGACUCCGUCACUCACAGCGACCACCAUGCCCAGUCUUCCCUAUGACAUGACCCAGAUGGCGCGUCAGGCAAUGAUUUUGGAGGAGCAAGAGAUUCAGGAAAUGGCUGAUGAUUCGCCUGAACCAUCCCCAGCCGUUGGAGAGUACCUAGACGAGACAGGGGAAAUUCAAGCAUUUAGAGAUCUGGAGAAGUCGUUUGCCAACGGUGCCCCGGCUUGA